AACCCAGUCCAGUCCGAACCCAUCCACACCACCACCACCACAACCCCACCCCACCCGCCUAAAUAAACCCGCACGCCGAGGGCCGGCUUCACUCACUCACUCUCCUCCGGCGGCGGCGGCAGCAGCGAGCAAAGCAGAGCGAGAGAGGAGGAGGAGAUCCGAGACCACGAAGAGACGCCACCCCGAUUUCAUCCGCAACCAUGCCCAAGUGUCCCAAGUGCACCAAGGAGGUGUAUUUCGCCGAGAGGGUCACCUCGCUGGGUAAAGACUGGCACCGCCCCUGCCUCACCUGCGCCAAGUGCAAGAAGACGCUGACCCCUGGCUCCCACGCCGAGCACGAGGGGCAGCCGUACUGCCACAAGCCAUGCUACGCGGCGACGUUCGGCCCCAAAGGUUUCGGUCACGGUGGCACGGAGAGCCACACGUACAACUAAUGGGCAUGUCCGUCGUCCACAACGCCACCCCCCCCUCCUCCACCGUCACCGCGCUACUUGGAUGAGAGGAACGGAGACUGACACCAGGACGCCUUCAUCACAUCCAUCCAGCUUUCACUCAAGAAUUGUGUUUUUUAAUCCCAUUGCAUUUGUUACCGAUCACAAUGAAAUAAUAAAACCGUAAACGAAA